CAGAGCGCGUCGUGGCGCACCGGCUCGGCCCUGGAGCGCGGAAGGUGCCGUCCUCCCACGCCUCGCUUCCCUCCCCUCCCGCGGCGUAGAGCGAAAGCGAAAGCCGGGUGUGGCCCCGCCCCGCUCGCUGCGGCUGGAGGGAGCAGCGGAAGCUCGUCAGGCUGCGGGUUGGGCGGCUCCAGGUCCCCGCUUCGGCUCUCGCUCCCUCGCGCCCCUGCCGCUCCGAUCUCGGCGCAGAGGCGGAAUCAGCACCACGGAGAGCGGCUUCCCCACCCCGAGGCUGGACAUGGAGGCGCUGCGCGUGUGCUGGGUGCUGCUGGGCACUCUGGCCGCCGGUUCCGCCCAGUUGCUGUUUGAGAAUAUUCCAUCUGUAACAAUGGACGCUUGCAAUACAACUGUUCUCAUACCUUGUAAGGUAAAUAAUUUGAUUGAGAACAAUGCUACAAAAAUGUUUGUGAAGUGGAAAUUACAAGGAAAAGUAUUUUUGUCUUACGAUGGAGUUGAUAAUAUUUUUGUCAGAAACCGUACUUUUGAGUCUGCCAGUCUGAAUGUACCAGAUCUGCCUAGUGGCAAUGCUUCACUCCUACUAUCAAAACAUGAGGCAAUUCCAGGAAACUACAGUUGCGAAGUUGUAGAAGCCAGUAGAGAAGGACAAACAUUAAUUGAACUUAUAUAUGUUUCAGCAACAUGGUUUCGACCUGUGGAACAUGGUGUCAUCACUGCCUUCAUAAUACUGGGCAAUAUUUUAUAUUGGGCCCAGUUCGGCGUGGUUGCAAAAAUGUAUGACAUGACAUUUAGUAAGAAGAUCGGCUUGGGUAUUCCAGGAAUAAUAGCCACAGGUUUUGCUGUGAUUGGUUGCAUUCUUUUUGCUGCAGAUGGAUAUGCGUCAGGAAAUCAAGCUGGACUUGGCUUAAUUAUACUUCCUGCUGUCAUUUUAGUGCCCCUUUUCUACUUUCUGUUCACAUCAGUUUUUGAGAAACAACCACUCUUUGCAAUUAUUCUGGUAGUUCUGAAAGCACUUGGAUAUGUAAUUGCUGUAGUUGGAUUUGCUCUGUGUGUGUCAGCAUGCCGUCCAAAACAGAGCUCUGUCGUGAUUGCAGGCUUAGUGAUUAUUGAUAUUGUAGCAGCAAUUGGCUUAAUUUAUAUUAUAGUUCUUGGUUUCAACUUGAAAGAUCAUCAGCCUCCAAGGAAAGCUGUCGAAGAAUCACUUAAUGAUGCGAAAGGAGUUAUGCUAGAAUGAUGGUUCCAAAGUGAGAUAACUGAAUCUGAUAUGAAGACAGAAACAAGUGGAGAGAGACUUUUGUUGAUACACCGUGGCCUUGAUGAUGCACUACUCAAAGAAAAAGAAAAUCAGGAAAUUACUUGUUUUGCAUGCGUGGAAAAGUGCUGUAAUGACUUACAUGAUGUAAUUUUAUAGUCACAGCAGUAGUAGAUUUCAAAGAGAAGUGAGUGUAUGCACAUGAGGUUUUGCUCUUCAGGGACGGAUGAGUGCAAAGGAUUCAAAAUACUCUUUUUAGCCACUGUAAUCUGUCUCUUUAGUGCUGCACUUCUCAGAAUGAUGUUGAACUGCCGCUUUGCAUAAAGACCAAACCUCACAAAGGACUACUUUCAAACAUCACAACGUUGGCACAUUAGCUGCCUUCCGCUCUGGGCCAAUUUUUGGCCACAGCAUAGCAACUACACGGAUAGAGUGGCAUCCCCAUCCUCAGAUUUCACCCUGAGUUGCACAACAGCAGUGCUGAAAGUGGGAAGUGGGGGCAUUGCUUAUGGGUCACCAGUUCUCCUUUUUGCCCCAGGGAACUGUCCAGGGCCAAUGUAUUUGCUGUUUCACUUACAUUAUGGAACGACGUUUUCCCCCAGGUAGCCUGAAAAUUGGACAACAUCAGCUCAGUGUGUAGAAAAGGUUAAGCUAAGCCAGCAUUGACAUGUUUGAAAGUUAUCUCAAGGUCACAGAACAGACUUCUAUGGGACCACUUAAAUCUUUAUACUGCAUGAUAAACAGUACUAUUUUCUUUCUUGGUUUUACUCACUCUUCUCUAAAAACCAAUCCAGAACCAACCUACAUUUUGACAUUUUCUAUGACAAAUACAGAAACAACACUAGAAUAAGGAACUAUUUGUACAAGCUUUGUUUAUACCUAUGUAGUAACUGGAUGUGGUACAGGGCGAACAACUAUAGUCCCUGGUAUGAUUUUUUUAAAAUACUGCAGUAAUUUGUCUUUCCUCCCCCCGCCCUAAAGAAGAGUGUGAUUUCCAAUUCUUUCAGAUGAUCACAAAAGUCCCAUCUACCCACUUGCUGUUAGUAUUCCUGCUGUAUAUACUGUAAUUCUUUGUGUGCUUUGGUGAUCCGUAUUGUACAAGUAACUUUCUCUUUUCCUGUUCUUUAAUUAAAAUGUUCUUUAAGAGCAAGGGCCAAGUUCAGAUUCAGUGGCACAAAUCCCAACUUCUGCACUGCUGAAUGUAGUCCUUUAAUGUUCAUAAAGCUGAGAAUCAACCCAUGAUGGUUCUGUUGAUUAAAUCAUCUUUCUUUUCCAUCUCCUACACCAUGAAGUUACCAAAAACAUAUGCAUAGAAACAGGAGCAGUUCCCUUCUAGACCAUAGAUUGCCAGCAUUCAAAUUAGGUUUCAAUUGAAAUUCUGGUUUCUUGAUCUUGCCUUUCAGUGGCUUACAUGUGCAGGAUUUAUACAAGAGGAUCCAAGGAACUGUAUACCUGUGCCUGUCCAGUUUUUUAUAGACAUCAAAUGUAUUCUGUAUGAAAUCUAUUCUACACACACUCCAUGAAAAAGGCCUUGUCUGCUUUUCUUCCCACUAAGAAUCCACCCACUACAAAUCUAUUGUGAGAGAAACUGCAUUAUUUAAACCAACAUUACUAUUCUGAGUUUCUAACUUGUAGUUAUCUCCUUUUUGUAAAUUCAGGUCAGUUUCAUGGAAUGCUCUUCAUUUGUUAGAAUGUUCAAUGGGACAUUUACUCAAAUCUCCGGACAGCUUUCCAGGACAAACUGUCAGUGUGUUUGAGUUUCCCCUGCCCCCAUCUUAUCAAUAAAUUGUGUCUCACAUCAACAAA